AGGUGAGCCACCGUAGACCUAAGUACCUAACCCCAAUUUCCCUCCCAAACCCACCAAGUCGCAAUGACGGGGCGGAGAAACGCCGAUACCCUCACUACUCCCACCGAGCACGACGGCCGACGGCGCGAGCUGAACGUCCCUCCCCGCCGAUCCACGCGAUUCCGCAGCAAAAAAAACCCAGAUCCAGUUACUCUCGACCGAAAACACACGAGCCACUCCAGAGCUUAUCUACGCAAUUCCGCGGAGGAACGAGUUGAAUCUGGCGGAAGCUCUCUGCUUCUCGGGAUUUCUGCUUCUGCGACGACAGAAUCCUCGAUUCUGGGUAGUGGGUUGGCGGAAAACUGUACUCCUCGACGGUCCUCGAGGCUUUCUCUGUUGGGGAGCUGCAACUUCCCGAAGGAGCGAGCUGGAUCCGACGGAAGCUCUCCGCUUCUUGAGGUUUCUGUUUCUGGGUCGAUAGAAUACUCGACUCCAUGUAGUGGGUCGGCGAAAAGUCCUACUCUUCGACGGUCCUCGAGGGUUUCUCUGGCGAGGAGCCGCACUAGAGAGGUGGAGAGCACAGAAGAUGGCGGAAAUGAUAGUUCCUCCGUAGGCGGGAGACUCGUUCUUGGGCUUAAAGCGAAUAGAGGGCUAACUGUUUGUGGAAAUGAGAAAGAGAACCGGAUUACCGGGAAGAGAAAAAGGAAAGACGACGGCUAUAAGAUGGAAGAGGGUGUAGUUGUUAGGAAGGGCAACGGCAGGGAGAAACACAACAGAAGGGGCGAAUGUGUUAACGGAUGGACAAGGGAGCAGGAAUUGGCUUUACAAAGAGCUUAUUUCUCGGAGAAGCCGACCCCUCAUUUCUGGAAGAAAGUUGCAAAGCUGGUGCCUGGAAAGUCUGCACAGGAUUGCUUUGACAAAGUACACGGCGACCAUGCAACUCCACCUCAACCUACACGUCGAUCGAGGGCAAAAGUAUCGACUUCUUCUCCUAUUGGAUCUCUUCAACUCUCGGCUUGCAAAAUACUAGAUUCCUGUGGGCAGAAGACUAAGAGGUGCAGCACUAGGCAGAAGCAUCAUAUUGCUCAGAAAACAGUGAGACAGUUGCUGCAAAAGCAUAACCACAGGGAUCAGAAUCACGAAGCAGAUUUAUUCUCCAUUCUAGAACCAGACAUGAAUCCAUCUGCUCAAGAUUCUGAUCUCAACCUCCUGCCGUCUACUCCGAAGACUUUGCAGCAGAAGCAGAUGCUAUCUCUUGAAAACUCAUCGGGGAGAUCUUCCUCUGGACAUAAGAAAAAACCUCUUUCGAGAUUCAGCAACUCAUGUCAGCCGGAUAUUGUUAGCCCUCUAGUUCUGAAGCAGGUCAAAGACAGGUUCUUGCAUGAGAAGUAUAUCGACCGAUUGCAUUGCAGAGAAGCAAAGCGGAAAGCAGCAGCUUCCCGUUUGGGAAAAUCCACAGCAAAAAAAGGAAAAGAGAAUGCUGUGGGGCAGACAAACAUUCUACAGAACGUCGAUGUCAUUAGAGCUGCUAAAAAUGCUCUAUCUUUUGAUGUAAGUGAUGCAAUUAAUCAGCUUCGCCACCUGGAAUCUGAUGCCAACAGCGAUUCUUCUGAUCUUAAUGGCGAUGCUGUCGAUGAUGAAGAUGACUGAGCUGGAGUUGAACUAUGAUGAAUUGUUUCUGUAUGUGGCUGCUAAGUGAACUAUGAUGGAUUGUUUCUGCUCAGAAAUAGGCCUUUGGAUUUAAACCCCAUUUGUCUUACUAACUAGAGCUAGCUUGUACAUAAUCUGACCCUUCCAAAAUGCUUAGCUUGUAUCGUGGAAUAAAUGGAUCUGUAUAAAUAAUGUGUUUUGUUUAAUGAGAUUGCAAGAAUGUGCAU